AAAACAUAAAGCGCGACUUCAACCGCCUUGGUCGCCACGGCAGCGCUCGUUCCUCCAGCGAACCGACUAUGCCGCAACCCCAAAAUGGCUCGACAGAGCAAACUCCGCUGAUAGGCCACACCCGCCCCGACGAGCCUGCCAUCACCAGACUGCCCAAGCACGUCCUGCAUCUGGUGUAUGCGACACUGGUGAGCAACUAUGUCAACAUCUUCCUCGUCUUCGUGCCUAUUGGCAUCAUCGCCGGCGCGCUCAACUGGAACCCCACCGCCGUCUUCAUUCUCAACUUCAUCGCCAUCAUUCCGCUCGCUGCGCUGCUCUCCUUUGCGACCGAGGAGCUCUCCGCCAAGCUCGGCCAGACGCUGGGUGGCCUUAUGAAUGCGACCUUUGGCAAUGCCGUCGAGCUGAUCGUUAGUAUCGUUGCGCUCAAGCAGGGCGAGAUUCGCAUUGUCCAGGCUAGCAUGCUGGGUAGCAUUCUCUCCAACAUCCUGCUUGUUCUGGGCUGCUGUUUCCUGGCUGGCGGUAUUCGCGAGCAGGAGCGCAGCUUCAACGAGACCGUCGCAUCAACCAUGUCUUCGCUCAUGGCUGUUGCAUCUGCUUCACUGAUCAUUCCCGCGACACUCUACGCGACCAUCUCCGGCGACAAGCAGAACGGCGGUACUCACGAAGCCGAGAAGAAUGUCCUACUCCUGUCCCACGGCACCUCGAUCAUCCUCCUCAUUCUGUACAUUCUCUACCUGUACUUCCAGCUUUACUCGCACCACGACCUCUUCGCCGAUGUCGAGAACCAGGAAGGUGGAAACGAGGAGAACGAGGACGGCCAGAUCCUUUCCCCUGUCGCCGCUGGCGUAGCCCUCGUUCUCGUCACCGUCCUUGUCGCCGUCUGCGCCGAAUAUCUCGUCGACAGUAUCGAUUCCAUCGUCGAAUCCGCACACAUCAGCAAGACCUUCGUCGGUUUGAUCCUGAUCCCUAUCGUUGGAAACGCCGCCGAACACGUUACAGCCGUCAUCGUCGCAUACAAGGGCAAGAUGGAUCUUGCCAUCAAUGUCGCAAUUGGCAGCUCCAUGCAGAUUGCGCUCUUCGUUACGCCUUUCCUUGUCAUCCUCGGCUGGAUCAUGGGCCAGCCCAUGACUCUGCACUUCCAGGGUUUCGAAACCAUCAUCUUCUUCAUCUCGGUGUUGAUCGUCAACUACCUGAUCCAGGAUGGAAAGAGCAAUUACCUCGAGGGCGCUAUGUGCCUGGGAACGUAAGCAAACUCAUUUUCGACACAUUAACCUACGCUAACUUUGGAUAGCUACGCCAUCAUCGCGCUUGCGUUCUACAUCUACCCUGACAACGUCCAGGGCGACCCUACCGGUAAUGGCCUCGUUCAGAGGUUCUUUGCAACCAGCUAAGUGCUGUACAGUCAAACCUCAACCUCCCCACCCCCACCCCCACCCCCCAUCCUUCUGAAAUGAAGGCUAAAUCGAAACAUGAGCGCUGGCAGAGCGGUGCCAUAUCUGUUUCCUUUUGUACAUUUCUUGGUUACCGGUCCUCGGUGGAACGGAGAUCUUUGUUUCCUUGUUGUGAUUUUUUUCCUAUG